AUGGCGUCGCCGGUGGCUUGGUGUCUGCUUUUGUCGAACGUUUUAUUACUUUUUGUCCAAGUCUUCGGCGGCCGAGAUUUCUACAAAAUUCUUGGUGUGCCAAGGUCAGCGACAACUAAUCAAAUUAAGAAGGCAUACAGAAAAUUGGCGAAAGAGCUGCACCCAGAUAAGAACCAGGGUGAUCCAGAGGCAGAACAGCAGUUUCAGGAUCUUGGUGCAGCGUACGAGGUGCUUUCGGAUAGCGAUAAAAGGAAGGUGUAUGAUAAACACGGUGAAGAAGGACUGAAGAAAGGAGAUACGUCUGGUGAUCCCUUCUCUAGUUUCUUUGGUGAUUUUGGCUUCAAUUUUGGUUUUGGCAGUAACGAGAAGGAUAAUGAGGUUCCGCGGGGUGGUGACGUUGUCAUGGAUCUCGACGUGACGCUGGAGGAACUCUAUAUCGGGAACUUCGUCGAGGUUGUACGUUAUAAACCUGUAGCAGUGCCGGCGAAGGGAACACGGAAGUGUAACUGUCGGAUGGAAAUGGUUACCCAGCAACUGGGCCCCGGACAAUUCCAGAUGAUGCAACAGCAAGUGUGUGAUGAGUGUCCCAAUGUGAAAUUUGUACCAGAAGAAAAACUUUUAGAAAUAGAAAUAGAAGCGGGCAUGCGAGAUGGCCAAGAGUAUCCAUUCGUAGCUGAAGGUGAACCACACAUUGAUGGGGAGCCCGGUGAUUUGAGAUUUAAAAUCAAACAGAUCAAACAUCCACGUUUUGAGCGCCGUGGGGAUGAUCUGUACACCAAUGUGACGAUACCACUGCAAGACGCUUUGACGGGUUUCGAAAUGGAUAUAAAACAUCUAGAUCAACACAAGGUGCAUAUUGUAAGAGAUAAGAUAACCUGGCCAGGAGCACGAAUGCGCAAAAGUAACGAAGGAAUGCCUAACUACGAAAACAACAAUGUCAGGGGCUCCCUCUAUAUAACCUUCGAUAUAGACUUUCCAAAGGGAACUCUUACAGAAGAAGAUAAAGAAGGUUUGAAACAAAUACUGAAGAUGGAAUCAAAAAGAACGGUUUAUAAUGGCCUCCAGGGGUUUUGAUGAUCACUGUGUGUUAGCGUAUUGGGGAACAAUGCUGUCAUCAUUUUCUGGUUUCUGAAUGUCGGGCAAUAAUCAUUCCGGGAUGUGUGUUUUUCACUUCAUGUGUGUUGCGAUUUGAUUUUUUUUUUUUUUUGGUGAAACUUAUGAACAACUAUCUGUGUCAAUAAUGGACAUUUUGGCCCUUAGUCCUGAAAUUAUAACAUGGAACUUCAUGGAAUACCAAGAGAAAAAAUAAAAUAAACAUUAAUUAAAAUUAAGUAGAAAUAAAAAACAAACAAAUGUUGCACUGACUUUCCCUGACCAUAUUGAAUUAACAUGGUCUAGCCCAAUAUAAAGACUUAUCUCAGGAAUGCUAAAGUUUUGUUUGUUUAACGACACCACUAGAGCACAUUGAUUUAUUAUUCAUCGACUAUUGGAUGUCAAACUAUUGGCAGUUUUGACAUAUAGUUUUAUAAAGGAAAUCCGCUACAUUUUUU